AUGGGGAGAAAGCUGCGACACCUGCUGAUGUUCCUUCUCAUUACCAUGAAGGAACCCAACCUGCAAGUAGAUGGCUGGUGGUUAUCAACUCCUAAAGCCGCUGACUGCAAAUGCGCACCGUCCACCGACCUCAGCUGCAAACCGUCACCACGCUGCGAUUGCCAUGGCCUGGGCCUCAUCAGCAUCCCUAAAAACCUUCCCAAAUCCAUCUGCCGCUUAGAUUUGUACAAUAACCAGAUAAGAAAGAUUAAGCCUGGUGCAUUUCCAAACCUACCCCGGCUGCAAAAGUUGUACCUCAAACGAAACCAAAUAAAAAUAUUUCAGAUAUGUGUAUUUGCAAAUCUACCCCAGCUAGAAAAGCUGGACCUAUCUUUUAACCAGAUAACAAUAAUUCAGUCGAGUGCCUCUGAGAAUCUGAUUAACCUUAAACAGUUGUACCUGAGCUCCAACCAGCUAACAAUUAUUCAACCAAGUGCAUUUUCAAAUCUACCCCGGCUACAAUUGUUGAACCUGUCCAACAACAAGAUAAGAAAUAUUCAACCUGGGACAUUUGCAAAUCUACCUCGGCUAGAAAAUUUGAUUUUGUCCGCAAUCAACAUGACAAUGAUUCAGCCUGGUGUAUUUUCAAAUCUACCAAGGCUACAAGGAUUGUGCCUGUCCAACAACGAGAUAACAAUGAUUCAGCCUGGUACAUUUGCAAACCUACCACGGCUAGGAAAGUUGGUCCUUAGCGACAACCAGAUGAGGAUAAUUUCACUUGGCUUGCUUGCAAAUCUACCCCGGCUCCAAUUGCUGUUCCUGUCCGACAACCAGAUAACAAAGAUUCAGCCUGGUACAUUUGCAAAUCUAACCAGGCUAGAAAAGUUGAAUCUGGCUUCCAACCAGAUAACAAAGAUUAAGCCUGGUACGUUUGCAAAUCUAUCCCGGCUAGAAGAGUUGAAUCUGGCUGUCAACCAGAUAACAAUGAUUCAGGAAGGCCCAAAUUCUAACAUCGCUUUGAGUAACCUUAAUACGACAGCUACUGUAGUGACCAGUGGCCAUGGACAGACAGGGCGGGGCCAGUCUCAGGCCAUCACUGAAUCCAACACUAACACCUACCUACAGGACCACGUGCAUACGUUACCUGCGGAGGUGUUUGACCAGUUUUCCCGGCACCUGGCCAAGUGCGCGCUGGCCCACCGCGAGGCCGCCGAGAGAGAGGCUCGCCGCAUCAUCCUGUCCAACCUCUUCAUCACCUGCGACCACACCUCCAUCGGGCUGCUGGACAGACACAGGAUCUUGGCUCUGUUUGAGAAGUUCUGGGACGGA